AUGCUGGUUGCCUCUCCGUAUGGCUGGUAUUAUCGUGGUUGUCAUGCUUGCUCAUGUAUUGCGCGUGGUGACAGAGCUUCGUUUGAGUGUGAGGCUGAACAUUUCACUGAGGCAGAGAUUUUUAGGUAUAAGAUUGAGAUUGAGGUUACUCAUGUCGGGAAUAGCUGUAACUUUCUAUUUUGGGACCGAGAGUGUGAGUUACUUUUGGGAUUGUCUGCUUCUCAGCUGCGUCAUACAAUGAUUAAGGCUGGCAUUCAUGAUCCCUUGGAAUUCCCACUGGCAUUGGAUCAGAUGUUGGAUUGCAAGAUGGCUUUCAAAGUUAAGUGGCAACCACGUUGGAAGAAUGCCUCUGUCGUUAUGCUAUUGAAGAAUGACCCUUUUGUGAAAGAGCUUGCUGAUCAGUUUGACACAGAUGAAAUGAAACAACCUGCUGUCGAAGCAAUGACCACUGUUCGAUCCGAACCUAAUUUUGUCGUCGAUCUUGAUGUGAGUUCAACGCACAGCACAGAUCCAGUUACUCCUACUGGAAAAAGACACUUUCCAGGCGCAUCAAGCGAGUCAACAACCUCGGAUGCCACGUGCGAUGGAGAACUUUCAUCAAACAAGUUAAAGAAAAUUAUAAAAAUAGAGAAGAUAGAUUAG